AUGGAUGAUUUUGACGAUAUUGUAAAACAUGGUUCUAAACACUAUCAUCAACAGCAGACCAAUGAUGAAGCGACAGAUCGCAGCCCCAUUGUUAUUGUAGUGAAUGCCAACCAUGGACCUGGUAAUUUGAUUCUUGAGUCAUCGCCUUCCCCUGGAGGCAAUUCGGAAGCAUCAUCUAGCACAGUGUCGUCAGGUGUUUCAAAUGGUUCAACUUCGCUCUUUGUCACGGCUAAGCACAUUCAGAUUUCACAAGCGCUUUUAGAGCUGGCAAAAACUAACGGCGCUCUACUUGAUUCUUCAUGGUAUCUGGUGCUGAAUACUAUGCAGCAACUCGUAUGGAUGUUGGGACUUAAGUCAGCUCCUGCUAUCACAACCUCUUCAUCAAAACCACUAUCAACGGAUACUCAAACCACUACUGCUUCAAUGAGUCUGGACACGAGCUUCUUUGAAAAUUCAAACACACCCGCGGUGUCCACCCAAGGCGGUGCAGCUGUUUCAAAAGUUGUCGCAAAAUUGCCCAUCCUCUCGCAGACACUUUCAGAUAUCUUUGAGCAAACCAGGUGA